AAACAGUAUGGCCGCCAUUCUAACUGUGUCUGUGUCCCCUCGUGUACCCCGUGACAUCAUUUGACUUGUAAUUGUGUUCUGCUUUUAGGAUUUUCAUUAUAAGAAAGCGUAGUGUCGUUACCUAGUGGUUUGAGAAUAUUAAUUUUUGUUUCGGUUUGAAGUAAAAGAAUUCGUGUCGGUAAUACGCAUUUUAACCUCGACGCAAACUUUUGAGACAUAACCUCAAAUUGGGACGCAGCAGUACGCAACGCUGGUGGUUAAAGAUAGGGGCGGUUCCAAGGCUGCGUCACGAGAUCUGUGGUCACAGGCUCGCUCCAUCCAACAGGAUUGGGAUUUUCAAGACUUAAAAGCAUUUUUCUAGCACGGCAGUAUUGGACAGUGCGAUUGAAGAGUCGCGCAUUGAUACUGAAGUGGUCGUAGUUCGAGUUAAACUGUAGCCAAGUUCCCCGAGACAACGCGGUCGAAAUCUGUUAUCUGGCGCUUGGUGAUAAGGACCGAGAUUAGAGGCAACGUUGACGAUAAACGGUUUAUCAGUCGAGGAAAACACCCGUCGAUUCGGAACACCGGUUAUCAACGUGUCCUCACCGAAGCUCCGCAAAGGCUCCAACGGGAGGAUUUUUACUGCCAGGAUGAGUGCAGAAAGUAUUAAGUCACUUCUGAAGAGCGCAGACGCUGUUUGCUUCGAUGUUGAUUCAACUGUGAUCCAAGAGGAAGCCAUAGAUGAAUUGGCCAAACACUGCGGGAAGUUUGAAGAAGUGACCCAACUAACCUCUCAGGCAAUGGGUGGAGCUAUGGACUUUCGGACUUCCUUGAGUAAAAGACUGGGCAUUAUCAAUCCAAGUUCUUCGACCAUCCAAAACUUUUUAAGCAGUCGUCCGCCAAAAUAUUCUCAGGGAAUCAAAGAUCUAAUUGAGCGAUUGCAUAAGCAAGGGACCAGGGUUUAUCUAGUCACUGGUGGCUUUAGAGUAAUUGUGGAGCCUAUAGCCAAAGGCCUCAACAUACCUAUCGAGAACAUUUACGCGAACGAAAUUCUCUUCGACGAAGAAGGUAACUACAAAGGAUUCGAUCACAACUGCCCGACGUCUAAAAACGGCGGCAAAGCGGAGGUCGUUGGUCUUUUGAAACAAAAACAUAACUACAAGACGGUCAUUAUGAUCGGGGACGGGAGCACAGACUUGGAGGCGGCACCCCCCGCGGAUGCUUUCAUAGGUUAUGGUGGGGUUGCAUUACGAGAGACUGUAAGGUCCAAAGCAAAAUAUUACGUCACAGAUUUUCAAGACCUCAUCAAACAUUUGGACUGACACAGCAGUCCCAGCUGCAGGCAAUAGUGAUUUCAACCACUUAUUUAGGAAAAAAAAGAUUCCUCGCCACAGUUAUUUCUCAAACAAAAUUUUUAGGGUUGAUGGAAUCCAUAGUUCCCAAUGAAGUGGCAAGUUACUACUUUUUAAGAAAUGCGAUUUAUUCCUCCUGGUAAGACCUAUUUAAAAAUGUGUUUAUGGAAGGAGGAGGAUUUUCUGGAAUCAUACAUUGUAUCAUAAAAUACCAGUGAAAACCCUGCGAUAUUAUUUUUCGCAGACUUUAUAUUUCUAACGCACAACUAAAUUUUAAGUUUUGUAAAAUGAUGGAAACCGACCCGGUUGCACUUUCAAAAACAAAUCUUGUAUCGAAGAUUAAGAUGAUAUUUUUUUCUAAAUUGAGUUCUUUCAGAGCUAUCAAAAUUGUAUGGGCUGGAGAAAAGUAAUUUGUAUAAUUUUUCCACUGUAUCAGGGAUUAGGGGCCAAAUUACAGCUGCGAUUUCCUCGGUAUACUUAUAUAUCUUUCAAACCCACCAGCUUCAUCAUUGAUUCAAUUUCCACAACUUGUUUAAUGAAAAUGCCUAUAUUUAAAACACAUUUGUUCUACAAUAAAAUCCAUCGAUUUUCCACAUUCA